CGGCGGCGGCGGCGGGCUUGGAGCUGUGGGGCGGGAGCGGCGUAGGCGCGGGGUCAGGAGCCAGCGCGAACCUGGACAUGGAGCCGCCCGGUGGGGGUCUGGGGCCCGGCCGCGGGACCCGGGACAAGAAGAAGGGCCGCAGCCCGGACGAGCUGCCUUCGGCAGGCGGCGACGGCGGCAAAUCCAAGAAAUUUACUCUGAAGCGGCUCAUGGCAGAUGAGCUGGAGAGGUUUACCAGCAUGAGAAUUAAGAAGGAGAAGGAAAAGCCUAAUUCUGCUAAUAGAAAUUCUUCUGCAUCAUAUGGGGAUGAUCCCACAGCACAGUCAUUGCAGGAUGUUUCCGAUGAGCAAGUUCUAGUCCUCUUUGAACAGAUGCUGCUGGACAUGAACCUGAACGAGGAGAAACAGCAGCCUCUGAGGGAGAAGGAUAUCAUCAUCAAGAGAGAGAUGGUGUCCCAGUACCUGCACACCUCCAAGGCCGGCAUGAGCCAGAAGGAGAGCUCCAGGUCGGCUAUGAUGUACAUUCAGGAGCUGAGGUCAGGCCUGCGGGAUAUGCCUCUGCUCAGCUGCCUGGAGUCCCUUCGUGUCUCCCUCAACAACAACCCUGUCAGUUGGGUGCAAACGUUCGGUGCUGAGGGCCUGGCCUCCUUACUGGACAUCCUUAAACGACUUCAUGAUGAGAAAGAGGAGACUGCUGGAAGCUACGACAGCCGUAACAAGCAUGAGAUCAUCCGCUGCUUGAAAGCGUUUAUGAACAACAAGUUUGGAAUCAAGACCAUGCUGGAGACCGAAGAAGGGAUUCUGCUGCUGGUCAGAGCCAUGGAUCCUGCUGUGCCCAACAUGAUGAUUGAUGCGGCCAAACUGCUCUCUGCCCUCUGCAUCCUCCCGCAGCCAGAGGACAUGAAUGAAAGGGUUUUGGAAGCCAUGACAGAAAGAGCUGAAAUGGAUGAGGUGGAACGUUUUCAGCCACUGCUAGACGGAUUAAAGAGUGGGACUUCGAUUGCUCUCAAGGUGGGGUGUCUGCAGCUGAUCAAUGCUCUCAUCACGCCAGCUGAAGAACUUGACUUCCGAGUUCACAUCCGGAGCGAACUGAUGCGCUUGGGGCUGCAUCAAGUGUUGCAGGAGCUUCGAGAGAUUGAAAAUGAUGAUAUGAGAGUACAGUUAAAUGUAUUUGAUGAACAAGGAGAAGAAGAUUCCUAUGAUCUAAAGGGACGGCUGGACGACAUUCGAAUGGAGAUGGAUGACUUCAGUGAAGUCUUCCAGAUUCUCUUAAACACAGUAAAGGAUUCGAAGGCGGAGCCACACUUCCUGUCCAUCCUGCAGCACCUGCUCUUAGUCCGAAAUGACUAUGAGGCCAGACCGCAGUACUAUAAGCUGAUUGAAGAAUGCAUCUCUCAGAUAGUUCUGCACAAGAACGGGGCUGAUCCUGACUUCAAGUGCCGGCACCUCCAGAUCGAUAUCGAGGGACUGAUUGAUCAAAUGAUUGACAAAACAAAGGUUGAGAAAUCUGAAGCCAAAGCUGCAGAGUUGGAGAAAAAGCUGGACUCAGAGUUAACAGCCCGACAUGAGCUACAGGUGGAAAUGAAAAAGAUGGAAAGUGACUUUGAGCAGAAGCUCCACGAUCUUCAGGGAGAAAAGAACACCCUGGAUUCUGAAAAGCAGCAAAUCGCCACAGAGAAACAGGACUUGGAAGCAGAAGUGUCUCAGCUCACAAGCGAGGUUGCCAAGCUGUCCAAGGAACUGGAAGACGCCAAGAAAGAAGUGGCUUCGCUCUCCGCAGCAGCGGCCGCUGCGGCCCCUCCCGUCAGGGCUGCCCUUCCCCCUGCCCCUCCUUUACCUGGCGACUCCUCCGGUGGUCCUGGUCCUGUCGUUCCCACCUCGCCCCCUUUACUGGAAGGGGGUAGCCCAGUCCCUGCACCCCCUCUUCCCGGGGGUGAGGCCAUUCCUCCUCCACCACCACCUCCUCCUCCUCUGCCUGGGGCUCCCUGCAUCCCCCCACCCCCUCCUCUGCCUGAAGCUCCUGCCAUCCCCCCACCCCCUCCUCUCCCUGGGGCUCCUGCCGUCCCCCCACCCCCUCCUCUGCCUGGGGUUCCUGGCGUCCCCCCACCCCCUCCUCUGCCUGGGGUUCCUGGCGUCCCCCCACCCCCUCCUCUGCCUGGGGUUCCUGGCGUCCCCCCACCCCCUCCUCUGCCUGGAGCUCCUGGCGUCCCCCCACCCCCUCCUCUGCCUGGGGUUCCUGGCGUCCCCCCACCCCCUCCUCUGCCUGGAGCUCCUGGCGUCCCCCCACCCCCUCCUCUGCCUGGGGUUCCUGGCAUCCCCCCACCCCCUCCUCCCUUGCCUGGAGGACCUGGGAUGCUCCCUCCCCCUCCCCCUCUUCCUGGUGGACUCCCACCCCCACCUCCAUUCCCUGGAGGCCCUGGCAUCCCUCCACCGCUACCGGUUGGAUUUGGAGUUCCUGCAGCCCCAGUUCUGCCAUUUGGAUUAAUCCCAAAGAAAGUUUACAAGCCAGAGGUGCAGCUCCGGAGGCCAAACUGGUCCAAGUUUGUUGCCGAGGACCUUUCCCAGGACUGCUUCUGGACCAAGGUGAAGGAAGACCGCUUUGAGAACAAUGACCUCUUCGCCAAGCUUACCCUCACCUUCUCCGCCCAGACCAAGACUUCAAAAGCCAAGAAGGAUCAGGAAGGUGGAGAAGAAAAGAAAUCUGUGCAAAAGAAAAAAGUGAAAGAGUUAAAGGUGCUGGAUUCAAAGACGGCCCAGAAUCUCUCAAUCUUUCUGGGUUCCUUCCGCAUGCCUUAUCAAGAGAUUAAGAACGUCAUCCUGGAGGUGAAUGAGGCUGUUCUCACUGAGUCUAUGAUCCAGAACCUCAUCAAGCAGAUGCCAGAGCCAGAGCAGUUAAAAAUGCUUUCCGAACUCAAGGAUGAAUACGACGAUCUGGCCGAGUCCGAGCAGUUUGGCGUGGUGAUGGGUGCUGUGCCCCGCCUGCGGCCGCGCCUCAACGCCAUCCUCUUCAAGCUGCAGUUCGGUGAGCAGGUGGAGAACAUCAAGCCGGAGAUCGUGUCUGUGACGGCCGCGUGCGAGGAGACGCGCAAGAGCGAGAGCUUCGCCAGCCUCCUGGAGCUCACCCUGCUGGUGGGAAACUACAUGAACGCCGGCUCCAGGAACGCCGGGGCCUUCGGCUUCAGCAUCAGCUUCCUCUGCAAGCUUCGGGACACCAAGUCCACGGAUCAGAAGAUGACGCUGUUGCACUUCUUGGCCGAGCUGUGUGAGAAUGACCACCCCGACGUCCUCAAGUUUCCGGAGGAGCUGGCCCACGUGGAGAAAGCCAGCCGAGUUUCUGCUGAAAACUUGCAGAAGAACCUGGACCAGAUGAAGAAACAGAUUGCCGAUGUGGAACGUGACAUUCAGAAUUUCCCAGCUGCCACAGAUGAGAAAGACAAGUUUGUUGAGAAAAUGACCAGCUUCGUGAAGGAUGCCCAGGAGCAGUAUGACAAGCUGCGGCUGAUGCAUUCCAACAUGGAGACCCUCUACAAGGAGCUGGGCGAGUACUUCCUCUUUGAUCCCAAGAAGGUGGCUGUGGAGGAAUUCUUCAUGGAUCUGCACAACUUUAAGAAUAUGUUCGUGCAAGCAGUCAAGGAGAACCAGAAGCGGCGGGAGACGGAGGAAAAGAUGCGACGAGCCAAACUAGCCAAGGAGAAGGCGGAGAAGGAGCGGCUGGAGAAGCAGCAGAAGAGAGAGCAGCUCAUAGACAUGAAUGCUGAGGGUGAUGAGACGGGUGUGAUGGACAGUCUUCUGGAAGCCCUGCAGUCAGGCGCGGCGUUCCGGCGGAAGAGAGGACCUCGCCAGGCCAACAAGAAGGUCGCCUGUGCAGUCACCUUGGAGGGGAUCAAGGACGACGCCCUGGCCUCCAUUCCUGCCAAGAUGUCCCGGAAGAGCGAGCAGGUGCCCACCAUCCUGGAGGAGCCCAAGGAGCUGCUCGGCCGUGCGAGCUAAGCCAGGGCUCGGGGCCACGGCUGCUCCUCGCGGCGGCGGCCGCCCGCGUCACCCCGCCUCCACCGCUCUGCGGCCUGCCGCCUGCCGCCUUCUGUCCCUCGCGCCCGGCCUCCGAGCGCGGCGAGGGGAGGCCCGGGGCGCGCGCCCCGGCUCUCGUCCAACCAAAGCCGGCUCCGCGUCCGCCGCCUUAAGCCCCAGUGUCGCCCCUGUUCUCCCCGCCGUCUCUCCGCCAGGGGCACCUGCUUUCUCGGCGCCCGCUUUCCAGGGGGCUCUGGCCUGCGCCCGUCUUGCCAGCCCGUGCUCUGAGAGCAGCACGGGGCUGAGACGCCUUUGGGCUCGGUUCCCCCCACUGCUGUCACCCCGGCUCUGCUCCUCCCGCCCCGGGCUCCUGUCCUUCAUUGCUGGCGGCCUGGCAUCGGGAGCUACUUCCACGGAAGUGGGGAGCGAUCCCUUCCCCCACCUUUUGGGAAAGACCUCCCCCACAGAAAAGGCCUAGGCCACUUGAUCUGUCCCCCCCCCCCCCCGGGGCCUGGGCCGGAGCCCCACUGAGGGCGGGCAGGCGGGGCCAGCCCUGGCCACUGCCAUGCCUCAUGCCCUGGGACCCUCUGCCCGGCCCCGGCCUCCCUCGAGCUCUGGUGCGUCUCACCUGGAAGAUGGGCUGUCUCUGACCCUUCCAGCACCUUGGCCUCUGUCUCCAAGGAAACGGGGUUGGAGCCUCCUGGCUGAGAAGUUGUUUUGCAAAUGGAUCUAUUUUUGUAUGAAUUUUUUUAAGAGAAAUAACUCCUCCGUCUCCCUUCCCGCUCCAUGAUGUGAGAGGCUUUGUUGGCGGGUUGGGUUCCAGGGUCCCUGGGAUUCUCCUCACAGUGUCAGGCCUGAACAAGCCCCUGGACCACCAUCCACCUCGGCCCUCAAGCCUGUGGGCCCUUGAGGCCAGUGUAGACUCUCUCCUGGCAUCUGACUGAGGCAGCAGGAAGUUCUCCUCGGGUUGAGUUGGACCAGGCCUAAGAGUAGUGGGAGCUCUGAGACCACAGAGUUUUUAUAAAUUUAAUAUAUUUAUCAAGCCAAAUGUGCACAUGCUAACUGGACACCCUGGAGGAGUGGGCACAGGGCGUCCCCCACCCCUGCCCUCUUCUCAGCAGUGGGCAGGCCAAAUUCUUGGCGGCCACGGCUGCAGCAAACUGAUACUCUGGCUCAAGGUGACAUUUUGCCCUCGUGUGCGCCUUUCAGCUUCCGCCCCCGGAGGAGAGGGUGGCGCUGGUAGGGCUUGGCCCUCCCGCCCGGCCUUGAGAGCAGGGGCAGCUUCGGGACCUGAGGGCGCCCGCAGGGGGGCCUGGAGGCCGGGCAGCAGGGUUCUGGUGGCGAGAGCCUGUGUGUCAAGGGGCACCUCCCUGCUGACAUCUGGGGCUUUGACCCUUUCUUUUUUUAAUCUACUUUUGCUAAGAUGCAUUUAAUUAAAAAAAAAGGGACAAAAUGCAAACCUGUUUCCCUUGCCUCUUGGGCUUCUGGGACGUCAUCACCUCCAAUUUGUUGGGUUUGUUUCCAACUGUUAAUAAAGCAUUGAAACAACCCUG